GAGCCUUGUGUUAAAGAAUUAUUGUAUUAAUAAUUUUGAAAUAUGAAGGUGGAACUAGUAUUUUUACAAUUAACAAGAUUUUUUAAAAUAUUUUCUUUAGUGAAGAGGUUACGCAUUGAAAAAAGUGUAUCUAAAGAUCCAGUUGAUUUUGAAAAACACAUUGAAAGAGAGCUACAAUGUAAAGAUGGGGAACUACAAACAGAAGAUUUUUCUUUUCCUGAGAUCCAAGCAACAUAUCUUCGAAUCAUCAUUUUAUCUGCUUCUGAUGCUUUUGUGUCAGUUCAUAGGGUAAUAGCAGAAGGACUAUCAGAUGAAAGUUAAAUUCAAUAUUCAGUUUAUAACACAUUAAACAUUAAGCCUUUUAAAAAAUGUAGCAGGCAUUAACUGCAGUUGGUAUUUAAUCUUUUCAAUGGAAAUUUGUUAAAAAAUUUCAACAAUGAAUAUUAUUAUAUAAUAUUUAUAUGAUGAUGUACAGUAUAUUAUAGAUGAAAUAGAGUAAUAAACAAGAAUAUUAAAUCAUUAAACCUUC